UUUUUUCCUGCGUUCUGGCUUAUCAUGUCUACCGCGCCUGUAAUUAAUCAUAUGGCAGCGACGCCGUCGAAUGCACGGUAUAAUUGGUGCUGUUGAUGUUGUUUUUUCCUCCAGCAGCCCUUACGGGAAUAGGGUGACCUAAAGGUCACGCGGCUUAUUGUUGCCUAAUAUGGACGAUUUACGGAGGAAAUGGAUUGUUGUUUAUUGUGCGAUUUUUGCCGGUUGGCUCAAUUGUGUAUUUGCUCAAACUUGCGGCGGAUUUCUGGCGAAUGCGGGAAUGUUCUGGUAUCCGCAGAAUUAUCCCGGAAAUUAUCCCGAUUAUGCCGAAUGCCGGUGGACAAUAACCGUUCCGCCGGGCAAUGUGGUACAAAUUCAGUUUACGGAGCCGUAUGGAAUUCCCGGUCGGGACUUCUUAGCCGUCGUGGAUGGACAGUAUGCUAACCAGCUGGGUCCGGCCUGUAGUCUCAAGGAUUACUUCGCACUCGGUCCACAGGGCCAAGCUUUUAUUCUUAUCCGCGCCGACAAAGCCGACUUCAACAUCUUCACUUCCACCACCAACAGCCUCAUCGCCGUCUUCUGCGCCCAGGGCCAGCGCGGCUCCCACAUCCCCCGCAAGGGCUUCCGCGCCCAGUUCUUCCCGGUGGCGUCCGGUUUCGCGCCGACACCUUCACCGUUCUUUCCCACCACCGUCCCGCCCUUCUUCCCCUGGACGCCGCCGCCACCCCAGCCCGUGACCUUUCCCACGGCGCCCCCGGUGACCACCGCCUUCCCGUGGACGGUGGCGCCGCCGCCUUCCGCCGAUUGCGGGGUGCCGGUGGUGCAGCCCGGACAGGCCCGCAUUAUCGGCGGUCAUCCGGCCACGCUGGGCUCCUGGCCGUAUAUGGUGGCGCUGGUCGAUGCACGCUACAAUGGUCAAUUUUGUGGCGGUGUCCUUUUAGACCAGAACUGGGUUUUAACGGCAGCGCAUUGCACUGUUGAUAAGCCGGCGCAGAACCUGUUGCUGCGCGUGGGAGCCACCGACUUCAACGCGUCCGUCGGGGAUCCGGCACGCGGCACGGACUAUCGAGCGGCAUUCUCCAUCGUCAAUCCCAAUUUCAACAGCCAGAGUUUCAGUAACGAUAUCGCACUGAUUCGGCUAUCCACGCCGGUGACCUUUAGCACUUUCGUUAAACCCAUCUGCAUGCCGACGGAAGCGCCUUCACCAGGGACCGUUUGCUACAUUGCUGGAUAUGGUUUGACAACGCCGAUGCAGCGCAAAAAACGUCAAGUGAGUGUUACGGCCAGUGGGUCCAGCCGAUUGAUGGAAACGGAUGUUCCGUUGGUGCCGCAGUCCACCUGUCAGACAUUCUUCAACCAAGCCUUUCCCGGACUGAUUACGCUGACAAACAGCCAUGUUUGUGCCGGGAGCAUCUAUCCGGUGUCACACGAUAGCUGCAACGGCGAUUCAGGUGGUCCGUUAAUCUGUCGGCGCCAGAACCAUUUCGAGAUCGUUGGACUAACAUCCUUCGGUGUAGGCUGCGGACGAAGUGAUGUUUUCGGAGCAUACACGAACGUGUGGCAGAUGAUGUCGUGGGUGAAUUCCGUACGCGGUGUACAGUCGACCGAUCAGUCAAAUUCUCCGGUCGUGAUCAGAUUUGGCUAAAUAAUGUAAACCAUUCUAUGUGUAUGCGAACGAGUGAAUCGGUGUGCCGGAAAUAAAAUUUCAAAUGUGUGCAAUACACCGUACAACAGAGAUCUCAGUGUGGCUUAACGUAACAAGAUAUUUUAAUCGUAAAUAUUGUGUGUAGCGAUGCGUACAGAUGCAGUUGUUGUAGCGGUUUUAUAAACUUAUACCCAGUUUUAUGCACAACGGAAUCUAAAAAUAAAUUCAGGAUGAUCUUGUUGAAUUCUAAGGGUGGAUA